GGAAAGAGCGAGCGGGAUGCGCUUGGGGACGGUACCGGCGCCGGAACUCCGGACAGCUCGGCGGCGUCUCCCUUAGCCGGGCAGCGAGCUGAACGCCACGGCCACAGAGCUCUGCUCCCCAGCUCCGCGUCCUCGGGAGCCCCGCAGGGACCCCGUUCGGGCCCGCCCCCUCCCUCGAGACCUGGACUUGAGCCUCCACGGGCCGCUCGGCUUGUAGGCCCGUGGGCCCCGGGGCCUCGGCCGGCCGCUUCCGCCGCCUCGGGAAGGGAGAGCUUUCCUGCUGCCCGCCGCCAGCCGGCGCGGACCGGACCUCGGCGGGGAGGAGCUCGGCAGGCAGGGCCCUGCUCCGGCCGAAGCUAGGCCAGCUAGGGAGCGGCAGGAGCAGGAUCGAGGGCCGCUUCUGGCUCGGGGAAAGUCCCCCCCCCCCACCGGGCCGCGGCCCUCGGCUUUUGCCAGGGUGGGGGCCGCGCCAGCCUCCGGGAUUGAUGUUUCCCAGUGUUUUUUCAGUCUGACUUUGGGGGCGGUGGGCGUGUAGGUUUUGAUGAAUUUUUCUGGGGGUUCCAAUGGUCUCCUGAUGUACCAGGAUGUGGGAUUGAGGAGGGCGUCCGUAUUUUAAAGGGUCUGGGGUAUGUUUUGAGGAGUCGGUGGGGGGGGAAUAGUAUCUAAUUUAAUUUGGAUGGGUGGGGGAAUUCCCGGACUUGCCUUGGACCAUGACAUGAACUGUGAGAGGGGGACCCUGAAGCUCAAGAGUCAAAUCACCUGAAAGGCCUCCUGGCCAACAUGGCAUCUGAAGAAGCCUCCCUCCGGGCAUUGGAAAGUUUAAUGACAGAGUUUUUCCAUGAUUGCACAACCAAUGAACGAAAACGUGAAAUAGAGGAGCUUCUGAAUAAUUUUGCCCAACAGAUCGGAGCUUGGAGAUUCUGCCUCUAUUUUCUCUCUAGUACACGGAAUGACUAUGUAAUGAUGUAUAGUUUAACGGUUUUUGAGAAUCUGAUCAAUAAAAUGUGGCUGGGAGUCCCAUCCCAGGAUAAGAUGGAAAUCCGAAGCUGCCUGCCCAAGCUCCUUCUAGCUCACCACAAAACCUUACCUUAUUUUAUCCGAAACAAGCUCUGCAAAGUUAUUGUUGAUAUUGGCCGCCAAGAUUGGCCUAUGUUCUACCAUGACUUUUUUACAAACAUUUUACAGUUGAUACAGUCCCCUUUGACUACUCCCCUUGGACUGAUCAUGUUGAAAACUACUUCAGAAGAGCUGGCGUGCCCCCGAGAAGACCUCAGCGUGGCUCGAAAAGAGGAGUUGCGGAAGCUGCUAUUGGACCAGGUACAAAAUGUACUUGGACUGCUUACAGGUAUUUUGGAGACCAUUUGGGACAAACACAGUGUUACUGCUGCCACUCCACCACCGUCCCCGACUGCAGGAGAAAGUGGUGAUCUAUUAAGUAACUUGUUGCAGAGUCCUAGUGCAGCCAAACUGUUAAACCAGCCAAUCCCUAUCCUUGAUUCAGAGAGUGAGUAUAUCUGUUCCCUGGCUUUGGAGUGCCUGGCCCAUCUCUUCAGCUGGAUUCCUCUGUCUACCAGCAUCACCCCAUCCCUCCUUACCACGAUAUUCCACUUUGCUCGAUUUGGCUGUGACGUUCGGGCCAGAAAGAUGGCAUCAGUCAAUGGCAGCAAUCAGAACUGUGUCCUUGGUCAGGAGCGUGGCAGGCUUGGAGUUCUGGCCAUGUCUUGCAUCAAUGAACUCAUGUGUAAGAACUGUGUGCCUAUGGAAUUUGAAGAGUAUUUACUACGAAUGUUCCAGCAGACUUUUUACCUUCUGCAGAAAAUCACCAAGGAUAAUAAUGCUCACACAGUGAAGAGCAGACUAGAAGAACUAGAUGAAAGCUACAUCGAGAAGUUUACUGAUUUUCUUCGUCUCUUUGUGAGUGUCCAUUUGAGGAGGAUAGAAUCCUACUCUCAGUUCCCAGUGGUAGAGUUUUUGACACUGUUAUUCAAGUACACGUUUCAUCAGCCUACCCAUGAAGGUUACUUCUCUUGUUUGGAUAUCUGGACCCUUUUUUUGGACUACCUGACUAGCAAAAUUAAAAGUCGUUUGGCAGACAAGGAAGCCGUACUCAGCAGGUACAAAGAUGCCCUGGUCCUUUUGCUUACUGAGGUAUUGAAUCGGAUACAGUUCAGGUACAACCAGGCGCAGUUGGAGGAGUUGGAUGACGAGACCCUCGAUGAUGAUCAACAAACAGAGUGGCAGCGGUACUUACGCCAGAGCUUGGAAGUUGUGGCCAAAGUCAUGGAGCUCCUUCCCAGUCAUGCAUUCUCUACACUGUUCCCAGUUCUUCAGGACAAUUUAGAAGUUUAUCUGGGGUUACAGCAAUUUGUAGUUACUUCAGGGUCAGGUCACAGGUUGAACAUCACAGCAGAGAAUGAUUGCCGGCGGUUGCACUGUUCUCUGAGAGACUUGAGCUCUCUCCUCCAGGCUGUUGGCCGAUUAGCUGAAUAUUUUAUUGGAGAUGUGUUUGCUGCGAGAUUCAAUGAUGCACUUACAGUUGUAGAGAGAUUGGUUAAAGUAACUCUAUAUGGCUCCCAGAUAAAAUUGUACAACAUUGAAACUGCUGUGCCAUCAGUAUUGAAACCUGACCUCAUUGAUGUUCAUGCUCAGUCCCUGGCAGCACUCCAGGCUUACUCUCACUGGUUAGCACAAUUUUAUAGUGAAGCUCAUCGACAGAACCCACAACAGUUCAUCUCGCUGGUCUCCACUGCCAUGGAAGCAGUCACACCUCUUAUUAGUUCCAAGGUACAAGAGAAGUUACUCUUGUCUGCGUGCCAUUUACUGGUCUCAUUAGCCACUACAGUGCGGCCAGUCUUUCUCAUCAGCAUCCCAGCAGUUCAGAAAGUAUUCAACAGAAUCACAGAUACCUCUGCUCAGCCACUUGUGGAUAAGGCCCAGGUGUUGGUAUGCCGAGCCCUCUCCAAUGUACUACUGCUGCCGUGGCCAAACCUCCCAGAAAGUGAGCAGCAGUGGGCCGUGCGUUCAACAAACCAUGCCAGCCUCAUUUCAGCUCUGACCCGAGACUAUCGCCACCUGAAAUCCAGUGCCAUUGUCCCACAGAGGAAGAUGCAGCUUGAAGAUACCAAAGUGAUUAUCCACCAGACACUUAGUGUCUUAGAAGAUAUCGUGGAAAGUAUCUCUGGGGAAGCUACAAAGUCUCGACAGAUUUGCUAUCAGUCACUGCAAGAAUCUGUUCAGGUCUCACUGGCCCUCUUUCCAGCUUUUAUUCAUCAGUCAGAUGUGACUGAUGAGAUGCUGAGUUUCUUCCUUACCCUGUUUCAAGGCCUUAGAGUACAGAUGGGUGUGCCUUUUACUGAACAGAUCAUACAGACCUUUUUAAACAUGUUUACCAGAGAACAGUUAGCUGAAAGUAUCCUCCACGAAGGGAGUACUGGCUGUCGGGUAGUGGAGAAAUUUCUGAAGAUCCUCCAGGUGGUAGUGCAAGAACCUGGCCAAGUGUUUAAGCCUUUCCUUCCAAGCAUCAUCUCACUGUGCAUGGAGCAGGUCUGCCCUAUCAUAGCUGAGCGUCCCUCUCCUGAUGUGAAGGCCGAAUUGUUUGAAUUACUUUUCCGGAUUCUCCAUCACAACUGGAGGUAUUUCUUCAAGUCCAGUGUCCUGGCCAGUGUCCAUAGAGGAAUUGCAGAAGAGCAGAUGGAGAAUGAAGUACAAUUCAGUGCCAUCAUGCAGGCUUUUGGACAAUCUUUUCUCCAGCCUGAUAUCCACUUAUUUAAACAAAAUCUGUUCUACCUGGAGACUCUGAACACCAAGCAGAAAUUGUAUCAUAAAAAGAUCUUUCGGACCACCAUGCUGUUUCAGUUUGUGAAUGUGCUGCUCCAAGUCCUGGUCCACAAGUCACAUGACCUGCUGCAAGAAGAGAUAGGGAUUGCCAUUUACAACAUGGCUUCAGUUGACUUUGACAGCUUCUAUGCAGCCUUCCUCCCAGAGUUUCUGGCUAGCUGUGAUGGUGUGGAUUCCAACCAGAAAAAUGUUCUGGGGAGGAAUUUCAAAAUGGAUCGGGACCUGCCAUCGUUCACCCAGAAUGUGCACCGACUGGUAAAUGACCUGCGCUACUACAGACUUUGCAAUGACAGUUUGCCCCCAGGCACAGUGAAGCUAUAGUGUCUGCACUGGACCCUUAUUCUGUUUACUGUCCCAACAGAUCUGUACUUCUGCCGCUGCUGCCACCACCACCUCCACCUCCCUUCUCUCAGACCUCUUCGGGGCACACCAUGGACACAUGUUGGUGAAUUUGCACCCUGGGCUCCAUCUACAACUUAACCUCCCAUCCCCCACCCUUUGUUCCUGCCUCAGCCCCAGGUGACUCACCAGCACUGUCUUCAGGAUGUGUCUUAACACCAGUUGUAGCUACCAGGGCAUUUGGAGAGGACGGAGAGUCUUGUUGUCAGGUAUUAGGGUCUUAGCACUUUCUGUGAUGUCCGGAGAUUUCAGUGGGUGGUCUGUGCAGAUCAUGUGUAUAUCAAUCAUGAGGCAGAAACGCCAAAGACAACUUAAGACAUUUGUACCUUCGCAUCAUUCCGCCUUCUUGCACCCACUCCCUCCUCCCAAGGCUGUCGAAGGAGAAAUGUGACAUCAGAACUGUUCUGGCACUUCUGUCACUCCCUAUUCUCUCCUGUCCCACCCUUCCCUUCCUCCCAUCCCUCCCCCUUUACAUCUCUGCUAUUUGCAGAGAUUAGAAAGACUUUUGUUUUUGUUAUUGUUUUCUCAUCAUUCCAUUGUGAUACUAAGAUGCUUAAUGGAAAUAAAAUGCUUAUGUUGUUGUUUUAAAA